AUGUAUUUGACACAAUGUACUCUAUUUGUACUGCUUUCUGUCGGAUGGUCAUAUGCAUGUCUUUCCGGAUUGACGGGUGGUGGAGGGGGUGGUGGAUGUUGCCCACCAGGACCAUCUUGUCAGCAAGCAAAUCACUGUGCAUCCAGCUACGUGUCUAUACAAGCUUCUGGACCAGUUAGCUAUGCGAUCCCACCUCCAUCCUACGCUCAGCCUCCUCAGCCAUAUGCUCAGUCACCGAUUGCUGCAGUUCCUCCACCUCCACCUCCACCGCCACCGCAGCCAGCGCCAGCGCAAGCGCCAGCACCAAAAUAUCCAAGUCCGGGAAAAUAAUUAUAAACGUUUCUUAAAUUAUUUCUAAUUUAUGUUUUAAAAAUGAAGCCAGUAUUUGUU